ACUAGCUGCUGGGCGUAAGUCGUGAUAAAGUGCACUUGUGUACAGACUCGAUUGAUAUUGUUGCAUUCUGACUGUUUACAUAAAAUGUGUGUAUUUUAAUGCUUUUGAUGGUCCACAGGGGAGAAAAGAAGACAUGUUAAGAUCCAGAUGUGUGUGUGUAGGCUGCACACUGGUGUGAGAGGGUUUGUUUUAUUCUCAGAAAUGUAUUUGGAUAUUGAUACGCCUACCUCCUGGAGAGCAUUGUUCACUUGGUUGGCUGUUGUGAAGGGGUUUCUCUUCACCAUGGAAAUUAUUCUGCGAUCAUCCACUACUGUUGUCUUCUGUGGGUGUCCAGGUCUUUUUGCAUUGAUGAGUUCACCAGUGCUUUCUUUCUUUCUCAGGAUGUACCAAACUGUAGAUUUUGCCACUCCUAAUAUUGUAGCAAUUUCUUGGAUGAGUUUUUUUCUGUUUUCGCAGCUUAAGGAUGGCUUGUUUCACCUGCAUGGAGAGCUCCUUUGACCGCAUGUCUUCUUCACAGCAAAAUCUUCCAAAUUGCUUCACCUUAAAUCAGGAGAUUGUUUCCCUCUUGAAGAAAGAAAAUGCAAGCUGAUUUGGUAUUCUUGUCUCGCCGCUCACCAGUCGUCUGCUUGAAUGGCUGUGUGGCCUCCAGUCAGCCUCUAGCAUCCAGCAUUGGACUAGAAAUCCUGAAAAGAGGCGGAAACGCUGCAGACGCUGCUGUCGCUGUGGCCGCGGCUUUGAAUGUAACCGAGCCUGCAAGUACAGGCCUCGGAGGAGAUGCCUUUUGUCUCUUUUAUGAUGCUGCCACCAGACAGGUGCGAGGACUUAAUGGGAGUGGAAGGAGUCCUAAAGCUCUGACUCUGGAACUGAUGGAGAGGUGUGGAUUCAAUCAGAGUAACCCACCACCGAGCUGCCAUGCCUUCAAUGUCACUGUCCCUGGAGCUGCAGCAUGUUGGUGUGACACAGUGACCUUAUUUGGAAGCAAAAAGCUGCCUUUAGCUGACCUGCUACAGCCAGCUAUAGAUCUGGCACAGAAUGGUUUCCCAGUGGCCGAGAUUUCAGCGUACCAGUGGGCUAAGGGUACCAAAUCCCUGAGGGCUGCUGGGAGAGAACUGGGUCAAGAUUUACUCAUAAACAAUCAGCCACCUAAACAUGGACAGAUCAUGACCAACCCCAACCUUGCAUGCACCUUCCAGGAGCUUGUGUUGCAUGGGAGAACAGGCUUCUAUGAGGGCAGGAUUGCCCAGGCUGUGGUUGAUGCUGUACGAGAAAAUGGUGGCGUGAUGAGCUUGGAUGACAUGAAGGACCACGUCAGCACUGAGAUCACGCCUAUUUACAUCGAUUACAAAACAGUGCGAAUUUGGGAGGUCCCGCCCAACAGUCAAGGGAUGGCAGCUCUUAUUGCCCUUAAUAUCCUUGAAAAUGUUCCUAUCAAAGAUCUGGGUCACAACAGUGCCAACUACGUGCACAUCCUGGUUGAGUCACUGAAAUUGAGCAUGACUGAUACCAUGCACUUCAGCACAGACCCAGACAAGGUGAACGUUCCUGUGGAGGGGCUUCUUUCCAAGGAUUAUGCUCUCCAGCGAGCCCAGCUCAUCCAAAUGGACAAAGCCAGGGCUGUGUGCGAGCCUGGGAUUCCCACAGGAAGUGACACGGUGUAUUUCACUGUGGUGGACGGAGAGGGAAACGCCUGCUCCUUUGUGAACAGCAAUUCCAUGAGCUUUGGCACUGGCCUUGUCCCCCGACACUGUGGAUUUUCCUUGCAAAACAGAGGUGCUUAUUUCUCUCUGGAUCCCACUCAUGUGAACUGCAUAGGUCCAAAGAAGAGGCCAUACCACACUAUAAUCCCUGCCAUGCUCACAGAUCCUUUGUCAGGGCACCUCCUCUGCUCCUUUGGGGUGAUGGGGGGCUUCAUGCAGCCUCAGGGUCAUGUGCAGGUAUUGCUCAAUAUGUUAGAGUUUGGCAUGAAUCCUCAGCGUGCACUCGACGCCCCACGUGUGUUCAUGCAGUAUGAUCAAGCUGCACAGCUGUGGAAGCUCAAUCUGGAAGCGGGCAUGGACCAAGGUGUGGCCGAUGAGCUCAGAGGGCGGGGCCAUAUGGUGAACUGGCCAGUAGAAGGGCAUGAGCGGGACCAGUUUGGACGUGGUCAAAUUAUCAGCAUAGGAAAGUGGUGGUGGGACUUAACUGAUGAAAAAACAGAAGAAGAGAGAGUACUGUGGGCUGGAUCUGAUCCCAGGGCAGAUGGAUGUGCUGUGGGAUAUUAACUAGAAAAAUGAAGUGAGAAAUGUCAUAUUAGGGUUAGUGGAACAAAAAAAAGAAAAAGAAAAAAACAAGUGAACCCCAAUAAUAUACCUACAGUAAAGUGCCUUUAAGAAAAUCGACAGGUCCAUUUGCUUUCACUUAUUUUCUUUUUAAUUAGACAAUGCUGAAAUGUUUUACAGAUAAGUAUUUUUAAUGUUUUUAUAUGAAAAUGAAAUAUA